UACAGGUGGGAGAGUAUCCUAAAUAUAAACCUGAAUGUCGGGUUGUAUAUUGAGGAUUGCAUUAUUUUUCCUAUAACAAAAGUUAUUAAUAGUUAUUGCUUUCGCAGUUACAUUUAUGACUUAUCACACUGAAAUAUUAUUAGUUGGUAACUUACUACGUAGGUACGCACAUUAUGAUGUUUUGAAAAUAUAAUUUUAUUUACAUUUAUAUCAUCUACAAAUAUGUCUCACUUUUUUAAUUUCGAUUCUAAUGUCCAAGUAGUGAAGUGUUAUAUCAUUAAUGAUAGUGAAUAUAAUGCUACAAUUAGAACCAAAAUUUGCCAAGUCGACGAUUCAUACAGUAAAGGUUGCGAUGAUUGGGUUCGGAAAUAUUCAUUAUAUUCAAAAACAAAUUGGAUAGUUAGAUGUACAUUUCCUAACAAACAAAUGUAUGUUUAUCGUAAAGACUACAUAUGCCAACAUUCAUCUAAGAAUAAAAGUCAUAAUUCUGAUUUGACAAGGUUACGUGAUAAAAACUGCAGUGCAUCAAUUAAAAUUGUAGUAAAAAAAUAAUACUGUGAACACACAAAGAAAAGAUCAAUAUAUGCGUCAAGGUUUAGACACAGAAAUAAAGGUAGUAUUUGUCCAUACUCAUAGAGUUUAUAAUGCUGAAGCAUAUAGCUACCUUAGAGUAAGUGAGGAGGUCCGCGAAAAUUUCAUUACCUAUUUUAAUGGUGGAAUGACCCCUGCUGCUGCUAAAACAUAUCACGAAGUACAACUCACUAGUUCUAUUGACGAUGCGGAUAAUAUGGAGUGCAUUCAACAAUUAGCUAAUGCACAAAUCAAUCCUACCGAUCGUCAAAUAUAUCAACUAUAUGAAACAUGGAGGUCAACUCAUUUUGGGGAUAGAAGUGAUACAGGAGUAUACAAAGUCCUUUUAGAAAAAAAGUCGAUGUUUGAAGAAAAUGGAGGACUUAUUGAAAUUGAAGAAAAUCCACUUACAAUUGCAAUAGUAACUCCCAUCAUGAAAAGGGCUCAUAGUUAUUCAUUUUCGAAAGAUAUAGUAUUCGUUGAUUCUAGCAGCAGUUGUGAUCAAGGUAACUCUAACAUAACAUUUUUUUUUUUGGUGCGUCAAAAGUAGGUGGCAUUCCUUUAGGGGUAGUUAUACAUAAGCAGCAAACAAAAGAAGAUUACUUACGAGCAUUCAGUUUAUUAAAAAAAUGUCUAGGUAAAAUUGCAUUUUAUGGACAAUUACAGCCAUCAUUAUUUAUGACUGACGAUAGUUCUGCAGAACGGCAAGCUUUAAAAGCUGCUUUUCCAGCAUCAACUUUACUACUGUGCGCAUUUCACGUUUGUCAAGCUUUGUGGAGAUGGUUGUGGGAGAGUAAACAUCAAAUAGAAAAAUUUGAAAGGCAGGCUAAAAUGCUUAAAUUUAGAACAGUCCUUUUUUCUCAUGAUGAAGUAGAAGCUAAAAGAGGAAUGGAUGAAUUAUGUAAUGAUGACCAUGAACAAUUUUCCAAACAUAUGAAGUCAUUAAGAAGCAGAAUGAACGAGUGGGCAAUUUGUUAUCUACAAACAUAUUCAACUUACGGUCACAACACAAAUAAUAUAAUCGAAUCAUCUAUAAGAAUUUUUAAGGAUGUGGUACUUGAACGUUGUAAGGCAUUUAAUGCGGCAGCUCUGGUAGAUUUUAUAUUUAAGGUAUUAGAAAAUUAUCAUAAAAGAUGUCUAAUUAAAUUUGCGUCAUAUAGAAUUACAAAGCCAGAAAUUCAAUAUAAUUCAUUUUGUAACAAAACAAAUGAUUUAAAAGUUAUUCAGAUCGAUAACACAUCUUAUAAAGUGUCAUCCCAUUCUAAUAAUGAUAUAUAUUAUACAGUUAAAGUUUAUGAUGGAUUUGAACACUGUGAAUGUGCGUUUGGUCAAGGAGGUAAAUUUUGUAAACAUAUUUGUGCCAUACAGUUGAAUGGAUUUAACAUCGAAAAUGUUGUAAAUUUAUCAACGAAACAUAGAAUUGAAUUAGGUAACCUUGCUAUUGGUAAAGAUUUCGAUCAUACAUUUAUGGAACCAAUGGACCUCGCAAAUGAUAUCGUUUCUACUAAUAAUUCCAAGCGGAAAAAAACUUCUGAAGAAAACAUGUCAACUUUUUUCAAUUCUAUGUUACCUACUGAUGAAAGUAAUAGUAUAACUGAACAUGAAACGCAAAAUAUGGAAAAUAAUGACCAUGAACAACAUUUAAAUUUAGAAAUCAAUGUAUUACAAAAUAACAUCGACCGAAUAAAAAACAUUGCUCAAAGUAACCCUAACAGUUUGAUGCUCAAAAAUAUAAAACAGUUUAACAAACAAUUGGAAAAAAUAACAUCAUUAUCUGAUUUGGUUGAUUUUAAUUUCAAUAAACUUCGUCGUGCAAAUCUUAUCGGAACACAGCCAACUUCCAGAUCCAGGCGCAAACGACUAAUAACUUCUGGUGCUAAACGCAUCCAAGCAGGACGACCGUCUUCUAAAGAAGACAAUUUCAAGCAAAGAAAAAAACAGAAGGUUCGAAGUCUAAGUAAAAAUUUACUAAACAAUUUGCCACAUGCGAAAUCUCAUUAAUAAUAUUUUUAAAUGCCUACUAAUGUCCAAUUAAGAAUAUUAUAUUAUAUUGUUAUAAAAUAAUAAAAUGAAUCUUUACGAAGUUUUUAUUUAUUUCCUUUAUUUUAUUUUAUUUGAACCUUUGUCGGGGUGUUUUGUUGUCUGAAAGGGUUAAUGCUACAUUAAACACUUAUUAGGUGUCGUGUUCAAUUCCGAAUUUUGUCGAUUUAAAUUGCGUUUGUUUCAUUUACUUUUCACUCGACACGACACUUGGUUUUACAUAACAAAAUAUCGAGGUUUAUAUUUGAUUUUUAAUCCGACAUCAAAAUUUUUCUUAUGAUACUCUUUUAUAUGUAGUAAUUAAUGUUUAAAUAUUAAAUUAUA